GCAGGUUGUCGUUGCAGGCGUGUCGAACGGAGCUCUGGUCUUCAUGGUAGAUUCUCAGCGGAUUCACCACAUUCGAUCUUAUCCCCUCUGACGUCACCGCCGGCCCGCCGCCUCAAGGGGCGCACCAGCCGCCCCUCUCAAAGCGACGCGCCCGUGUUGUGAAAUCUCGUAAAUGACUCCUCGUCCUGGAUUUCUUUACCUUCCUCCUCCUCUCUCUAUCUCUCAAACCGUCUUCGUCGUCGAUUUGAUGAGCAAAACGAAGCAAAGCAGGGUAAUUCUUUCGUUAAUCUAUCUCGUAAUCUUUGCGAUCGCCCUAUGGUCAACCAAGACAUGGACUACGUUCGCGCGCUCGAGGAGGAACGCAGGAAGAUUCAGGUGUUCCAGAGAGAGUUGCCUCUUUGCAUGAAACUCGUCACUCGAGCCAUCGAAAGAUUGAGGCAGCAGAUGGAUGAUAGGCCGGUGCUGGAGGAGUUCAUUCCGUUGAAGCUGAGCUCGUCGUCGUCGUCUUCGCCGGAAGAUAGAUUAAGAGAUUCUCAGAUGAGCACGCCGGCGGCGGCGGCGACCAGAUUUUCUGAGAAGCUGGAUUGGCUUAAAUCGGUUCAGAUAUGGAAUCAGAGUGCGGAAACGGAGGCGGCGCUUCUUCCUCCUCCUCCUGUGAAGCCGAUAGCAGUCAGUGGUAAUGGAGGAGACGCAUUUCAUCCUUUUGCAACAGAAAAUAAAAUUGCGGCACCGGCAGGCUCAAAUGCUAGCAAGGGAGACGCCUGUGGCGGUGAAGACAAGAAGGAAGGUCAGCUUCAGGGUCACAGGAAGACAAGGAGGAGUUGGUCGCCGGAGCUCCACCGCCGGUUUCUCCGCGCCCUCGAGCAGCUCGGAGGCUCUCACGUUGCGACUCCAAAGCAGAUCAAGGAGCUGAUGAAGGUGGAUGGCCUCACCAACGAUGAAGUUAAGAGCCAUUUACAGAAAUAUCGACUAUACAACCGGAGGCGAAGCCCUGAAGAUAAAAGAACUGAAAACAUCCGUCAUGUUCAACAGUUUGUGUUAAUUAGUGGCAUGUGUGUUCAACCUCAGGAAUCCACAGCAGCACCUCCUCCUGCUGUUUGCACCUCUGGGGCUGCACUUGCAUCAGACUUGAGAUUCAAGCAGCAGAAGCAGAAUAAGACACAAUCAAGAGGAAAUGAUGAUGAUGGUGCAUCCAACUCUUCCUCUUCACAGACAACAACAGUCUCACCUCCUUAACGGAGACCUCAUUCUCCUAGCCAUGGAAUAAAAUAGACAGUGAAGGUUGCUGAGCAGCUGUUUAUUUGAUAUAUAUAUAUUUUUUCUUUCUGAGCAGUUAACUAGUAUUUGAAGCUCCCUUCCGUGAAAAGGGAGAGGGAGAUGGAGGCACAAUGACAUCUAACAAAGAUUUGAAAAGAAUGUUAAACUGAAGUUACAAUGUGACAUACAUUGUAUGAAGGCCGACUGAGUUUCUCUAUGGAGUGUGAUGCAGUGAUAAAAGGUGACCCAUUAAGUGCGGUCAAAAGACAUAGAUAACACUCGAUGUGAAGGUCAAAGUCAAGGACGUCAAUGUUAGAAAAUCAACGGGCUCAUCAAAGGGGGAGCCGAGCGGAUUUCUCCUGCAGUACUGGCCGAUUGGGCAUGAACUGCCCGACCGGCAAAGGGUUGGUCCAAACAGAACACCCGUAUAACCAAGAUCAUUAGGCGCUCAUCAUGGAGCAGAGGAAUGUUGGGACGACCAGAGCGUUAAUCCGGCUGGACGGAAACAAGCUACCAAGUUGAGUCACCGCAGGGAAGAGCAGCCAAGUCCGUCCAUGCGGGGGAGUUCCUAGCCGAGCGACUAUCCCGCUCGGCCGAGCAGAGAGAUCAUUGAUGUAUCUCUUAAUAUCUUUUUGGGAGAUAGUGCCGCUGACAUAAAGCAUGAUCAACAGACAGAUCGUACGACGAAAAUUUCUAUUAUCUUGUCAGGGAAAUGCAUACUCUGU